AUGUCUUCAUCGCACACCAAGACAAUUGGUAGAAUUUUAGAUCCUGUUGCUCAGCAAGUAUCAAAACUAAUUCUCUUAUUCGAAGAUGGUGGCACAGCAGGUGAUACACCGGAUCUCGCUAAUCGUGUUUCAGUAGUGAAAAUAGCUGUAGACAAUCUAGUUAAAGUUGGUUAUGAAACCAUUCGUCAGAGUUCAGAUCAACUUUUAAAACGAGACAUGCCACCUGCGCUUGUACGCGUUGAGGAAGCUUCAGUUUUUCUUCAAGACGCUGUCAAGCUGCUCUCUCGAGAUCCAUCUUCAGCAAUUGGUCGCAAAAAGCUUAUUGACGGUUCUCGGGGGAUUCUUCAAGGAACAUGGGCAGUACUGGUCACUUUCGACAUGUCAGAAGUCAGAAAGAUUGUUGCCUGCUGUAAUUUAGUCCUUGAUAAACUAAAUACCGUUCAAGGCAUCAAAAAUUUUCCAGAACUCGCCGAAUUUGUUAAAAAUCUGACCCCAGUAAUGGCUCAAAUGAUCAAAGAGGUUGAUGAGAGGCAGGAUGAAUUAGUUAUUAAAUCUCACGCCGACAUUCUCCAGAGAGGAAUUACUCAAGUAAAACGCAUCACCCCUAUUCUUAUUUCCUCAAUCAAACUUUAUCUCAACACCACCCAACAACGUCUACCGGCUGCUAGGGAGGCUCAAUCCAAUAGGGAUUACUUUUUACGCCAAAUGUCAGAUGAAAUCUGUGAAAUUAUUCGAGGUCUUCAACUCACCAGUUCGGAUGACACUGAGUAUUUGGGAGACCAUACUGACCUCCAGCUGUUAAUUAGAAAUUGCAAAUUUGCUGAUGAAUGGUUCGCUAACCCUGGGGCUAAUCCCAAUGGAGCUGACUUUAUUCAGGAUAUUUUGGACACAGCUCGACACUAUGAGGUUUUUUGCAUGUCUGAUUCUGAGAGAAUGGGUCUAAAUGGACUUAUAGGUGGAAUUGAUUCUCGAGUCCAACAAAUCCUCGAUGCUCUUCAAAGGGUAUUUAUCUUUUUCAUAUUAAAUGUCUAUAUGUUUAAAAUCUAUUUUUUGCAUAAGUACCUUACCAAUUGGAACAGUGUCAUUAGAUGCACGGGAGUCACAUGGCUUGAUUUUUCCCUAAAAGUUUGA